AUGAUCCGUGGCUUCAAUAACGAUGCAACAGCAUGUUUACUGAUUCCAGUUGAAUGGAGCUGGGACGAUGAGGAAACACGUACCGGAAUCAAGGAUGGUAACCCGAGGUUUUACAUUGGACCGCACCACUUGCCUGCUUUCCUUUUUGUGCAUUUUAAGAGUAAUCCAGAUGACCGAGAGGAGGGUAUCUUCCGGAGUUCUAUUCUGAUUUCAGUAGGUCUGCCGGAGCUGUCGAAGAUGCUGACAAUCCUGAAUCUGGACGCACAGAAGGUGUUACAUUUCACACUGAGUGAUUUCGAUUCGUGGAGCAAUGACCUCGACGGGUUUGACUACCGCACCUUUUACAACAGUAUAGUCGACUGGUUUGAGGCUGCCCCGGGUCCUUUGUCAGCUCAGCGCAACACAGAAUUGCUCCAGUGGUUGGAUGAGUCCUAUUACUGUUUGCAAGCCCUGUCGCUCACGACACCGUCAUAUACGACCCUACCUGAUUCGCUUGCGUGCAGUGACUAUCAGCAUAUUUGGAUCAUUAUAUAUGCCCCUAUCACUCCCGCCACCCUCAUAUAUGAUGCAACAUAUUUCUUUCGUUAUACAUGCUCUAUCACUCCCGACACCAUCAUACAUGAUGCGACUUGA